AUGAUGCGUGACGACAGUGAGCAUCCGGAGCCGUCAGUAAAUGGUGGCCUGCGAACUGGUGCACCAAACGUGGCAAGCAGUGAGCAAAGAACAGCCCAGGACACAGCUGCAGGCCAGCAGCAAGCAUUUGACACGGGUCCAGCGGAUACCAGGCAAGAGUCUUUGUCAUUGAUACAUACCAGCUUUCAUCCCUUUUGUGACUUCCGUUGA